ACAACCUGGACCCUGGGGCUGGAGGCCCAGGGGCACUCUUAGCCCCUGUACUUUCCUUCCCUCAGAGGGGAGGGUCUCAUCUGAAGAUCCUUGUGCCUGAAGAACUGGACCCCUGGUUUGCUGGGCCCUUCCUUGCCUUUGCUCUCAGACAGCCAGCACAGGGCUCAUGGGGCAGCUGGAAAAGGACUCAGGCUGAAUAGAGAUUGGCUGGGAGACAUCAGAGGGCUCAGGGAAGGAGGCUGGAGGGGCAGCCAGCCAGAGCUGGGCUGGUAGAACACUUGGGGUGAUGAGGGUGUGGAGUGUGCUCACCUGCUGUCUCUUGGCGGGGACUUUGGCCAGCAAGAGGUUUCCACUAGCCAAAGUUCAGAUAGUAAUGCUACUUGGGCGUGGGGCCAGUGGGAGGCUGGACCCUAGAUCUUGGGGCCUAGGAAAGUCAGGCUGGUGACCCUCUGAUGCAGUGUGGUGUGGGGGAGGUGCCCUCACUGUGUCUCUGGUAUCGCCACCCCAGACCGAGGGACACACAGGUACUGCUGGCCACAACCGAAGCAAUGGAACUGAAGAGGCGAGACUACCACGUGGAACGGCCACUACUGACCCAGGAACAGCUGGAGGAGCUGGGGCGCUGGGGCCCAGCCACUGGGGCCCUCCAGUGGCGAUCCUGGUUUCAGUGCUCCCGUGCUCGGGCCCGAGCCCUCCUGCUCAGACACCUCCCAGUUUUGGCCUGGCUGCCCCAGUAUCCUGUGCAUGACUGGCUCCUGGGUGACCUGCUCUCUGGCCUGAGUGUGGCCAUUAUGCAGCUACCACAGGGCCUGGCCUACGCUCUCCUGGCUGGACUGCCCCCCGUGUUUGGCCUCUACAGCUCCUUCUACCCUGUCUUUGUCUACUUCCUGUUUGGCACUUCCCGGCACAUCUCUGUGGGCACCUUUGCUGUCAUGUCUGUGAUGGUAGGCAGUGUGAUGGAAUCCCUGGCUCCAGAUGAGGCCUUCCUGCAGGCCUCGAACUCCACAGUCGACAGGGCGGCCAGAGACGCUGCCCGGGUGCAGCUGGCCUCCACGCUCAGUGUUCUGGUUGGCCUCUUCCAGGUGGGGCUGGGCCUGGUCCACUUCGGCUUUGUGGUCACCUACCUGUCAGAGCCUCUGGUCCGCGGCUACACCACAGCCGCAGCCCUGCACGUCUUCGUCUCGCAGCUCAAGUAUGUGUUUGGACUCCAUCUGAGCAGCUUCUCUGGACCGCUGUCCCUCAUCUAUACAGUGCUGGAGGUCUGCUGGAAGCUGCCCCAGAGUGUGGUUGGCACUGUGGUCACCGCAUUUGUGGCAGGAGUGGUGCUUGUGGCAGUGAAGCUGUUGAAUGACAAGCUGCGGCGACAUCUGCCCCUGCCGUUCCCUGGAGAACUGCUCACGCUCAUCGGGGCCACAGGCAUCUCCUACGGCGUGGGUCUGAAGCACAGAUUCGGGGUGGAUGUCGUGGGCAACAUCCCUACAGGGUUGGUCCCCCCGGUGGCCCCCAGCCCCGAGCUGUUCGCAAAGCUCGUGGGGAACGCCUUCGCCAUCGCCGUGGUUGGCUUCGCCAUUGCCAUCUCGCUGGGGAAGAUCUUCGCCCUGAGGCAUGGCUACCGGGUGGACGGCAACCAGGAGCUGGUGGCCCUUGGCCUCAGUAACCUCAUCGGGGGCAUCUUCCAGUGCUUCCCCGUGAGUUGCUCCAUGUCCCGGAGCCUGGUCCAGGAGAGCACCGGGGGCAACACGCAGGUGGCUGGAGCCAUCUCCUCCCUCUUCAUCCUCGUUAUCAUCGUCAAACUUGGGGAAUUCUUCCAAGACCUCCCCAAGGCAGUCCUGGCGGCCGUCGUUAUUGUGAACCUGAAGGGCAUGCUGAGGCAGUUCGGGGACACCUGCUCCCUCUGGAAGGCAAACCGUGUGGAUCUGCUCAUCUGGUUGGUGACCUUCGUGGCCACCGUCCUGCUGAACCUGGACCUGGGCCUGGCUGUGGCAGUGGUCUUCUCCCUGCUGCUCGUGGUGGUCCGCACGCAGCUGCCCCGCUAUUCUGUCCUGGGGCAGGUUCCAGACACAGACAUUUACAGAGACGUGGCAGAGUACUUGGAGGCCAGGGAGGUCCCAGGCGUGAAGGUCUUCCGCUCUUCAGCCACCAUGUACUUUGCCAAUGCUGAGCUCUACAGUGACGCGCUGAAGCAGAGGUGUGGCGUGGACGUGGACCACCUCAUCUCCCAGAAGAAGAAGCUGCUCAGGAAGCAGGAGCUGAAGCUGAAGCGACUGCAGAAGGAGAAGCUCCAGGCGCAGGCCGCUGCCUCCAAGGCCACUUCCAUUUCCAUCGAUGUCAACACGAAUGAUGGAGACACCGAGAGCAACAGCGUGGAGGGCUCCAAGGCCAAGCAGGUGAGCACAGAGAAUGAACUAGAGGAUACGGCAGCCAGUGGUCAAGAAGGUGCCGAGGCCCCAGACCGGUUCACGCUGAAGGCCCUGGGCCUGCCUCAGCCAGACUUCCACAGCCUUGUCCUGGACCUAAGUGCCCUCUCCUUUGUAGACACUGUGUGCCUCAAGAGCCUGAAGAGUAUUUUCCACGACUUCCGGGAGAUCGAGGUGGAGGUGUACAUGGCUGCCUGCCACACUCCUGUGGUGGCCCAGCUUGAGACCGGGCACUUCUUUGAUGCGUCCAUCACUAAGCAGCACCUCUUUGCCUCUGUCCACGACGCAGUCAUCUUUGCCCUCCAACACCCGAGGUCCAACCAAGUCAGCCCUGUUUUGACCACCAAACUCUGACCGUGCUGCCGCCCUGCCCGAGACUGCCUACCUCUGGGGGUUGUGACGGGGCACCUGUGAGCACCCCUCGCCCCUGCACUGCCUCCCCGCGUCGCCCAGGAGGCCCCUCCGUACGCACAGACACAGACGACUCAGGGAUGGAGGUCCUGGGACUCCGAGCACAGUGCCCUGGGCCUGGGCUGGGGUACCGGCCAGGGCAGGAGCGGAGCGGCAUGUGUAUUUUCAGCGGCGGGAAUAAAGACUCAUUUGCCCAACACAA